ACUUGCUUUGUCAAUGCCAGUUCUGCUGUCCAAGGUUCUCAGCGCUGCGCACAAUAAUAACAGAAAACACGUGCACACGUGCGACUGGAACGCAGACAGGCAAAACAGCGAGAUUUAUGCCAAAUAGCAAUUGACAAAUUUAACGCACAAGGGCGAAUUAAGACUCUAAAGGACGAGCAAAAACGAACGCAAGUCGAAAUGUCGUCAACGGAUUGUUAUCUGGUGCUAGAGGAUGGUACAGUGAUGCCUGGGCGCUCCUUCGGUGCAAAGGGUGCGGCAACAAGUGGCGAGGUUGUGUUCCAAACGGGCAUGGUUGGCUACACGGAGGCGCUAACGGAUCGCUCCUAUACCGCCCAGAUACUGGUGCUGACCUAUCCCCUAAUUGGCAACUAUGGAGUGCCCGAUGCCGGCGAAAUGGACGAAUUUGGAUUGCCGGAGCACUUUGAAUGGUUUAAAGGUGCGGUGCAGAUUGCUGGUUUAGUGGUCGGCGAGAUAUGCAAGACGCCCUCGCAUUGGCGUUCACAGCGUACGCUGUCCCAGUGGCUGGCCGAGCACAAGGUGCCCGGCAUAAGCGGCAUCGAUACACGCGCCCUAACCAAGAAGCUGCGCGAACAGGGCAGCCUGCUCGGACGCAUUGUCUACGCGGAGCCAAACAAGCAACAGUUGCGUGCCCCCUUUGUCGAUCCCAAUGAGCGCAACCUGGCCGAGGAGUGCUCCAUCCUGGAGCCGAUGCUGUACAAGUCGCCGCAAGCGAAUGGUAUCCGCAUUGCCAUCAUGGAUUGCGGCCUGAAGCUGAACCAGCUGCGCUGUCUGCUGCAGCGUGGCGCAUCCGUGCAACUGCUGCCGUGGAGCGGCAAACUGCAGCCGGAUCAAUAUGAUGCGCUCUUCCUGUCCAAUGGACCGGGCAAUCCUGCUAGCUGCCGCCUGAUUGUGGAGCAUGUGAAGCGUGUCCUUCUGGAGGGCAAUAAGCCCAUCUUUGGCAUCUGUCUGGGCCAUCAGCUGCUGGCAUCGGCCAUUGGCUGCAACACCUACAAGAUGAAGUACGGCAAUCGUGGCCACAAUCUGCCCUGUCUGCAUCGCCCAACUGGACGUUGUCUGCUUACGUCACAGAAUCAUGGCUAUGCCGUCGAUCUGGAAAAACUGCCCAGCGACUGGGAGGAGCUGUUUGUCAAUGCCAACGAUGGCACCAACGAGGGCAUUGUGCAUCGCAGCAAACCGUAUUUCUCGGUUCAGUUCCAUCCGGAGCAUCAUGCUGGUCCCCAGGACACCGAGUUCCUCUUCGAUGUCUUUCUUGAUGCCAUUCGCCAGUUCUCGUCAACAUCGUCGUCGCCGUUGAGCGUGCCACAGUUGAUCGAGCGUCAUUUGCGUGCCGCCAAACCCGAUCCGCAGCCGAGGCCGCGCAAGGUGCUCAUAUUGGGCUCCGGCGGCCUAUCGAUUGGCCAGGCCGGUGAAUUUGACUAUUCCGGGUCGCAGGCGAUCAAAGCGAUGCGCGAGUCCAACAUACAGACGGUGCUCAUCAAUCCCAACAUUGCCACAGUGCAAACGUCCAAGGGUAUGGCGGACAAGUGCUACUUUCUACCGUUGACGCCCGACUACGUUGAACAGGUGAUCAAAUCGGAGCGACCAAAUGGCGUUCUGCUCACCUUUGGUGGCCAGACCGCUCUCAAUUGCGGCGUCGAACUGGAGCGUGCCGGCAUCUUUGCCAAAUACAAUGUCCGUAUUCUGGGCACACCCAUCCAAUCGAUUAUCGCGACCGAGGACCGCAAACUGUUUGCGCAGCGUGUCAAUGAGAUUGGCGAACAGGUGGCACCAUCGGAGGCCGUCUAUACGGUUGCCGAGGCAAUCGAGGCAGCCAAUCGUAUCGGUUAUCCGGUAAUGGCACGCGCCGCCUUCUCGCUGGGUGGCCUGGGCUCCGGGUUCGCCAACAAUGAGCAGGAACUGGAGAUAUUGGCUCAACAGGCACUGGCCCAUUCCCGUCAGCUGAUUGUGGAUAAGUCGCUUAAGGGCUGGAAAGAGGUCGAAUACGAAGUGGUUCGCGAUGCCUACGACAAUUGCAUAACCGUUUGCAACAUGGAGAACUUCGAUCCGUUGGGCAUCCACACCGGCGAGAGCAUUGUUGUGGCGCCAUCGCAAACCCUAUCGGAUCGCGAAUAUCAAAUGCUUCGCAGCACCGCACUGAAGGUGAUCCGGCAUUUUGGCGUUGUCGGCGAGUGCAAUAUUCAGUAUGCGCUAUGCCCCCACUCGGAGCAGUACUACAUCAUUGAGGUGAACGCUCGGCUGUCGCGCAGCUCGGCGCUGGCCAGCAAGGCAACUGGCUACCCGCUGGCAUAUGUGGCCGCCAAGCUGGCGUUGAGUGAACCACUGCCGGCAAUACGCAACUCGGUGACGGGGAAUACGACUGCCUGCUUUGAGCCCAGUCUCGAUUAUUGUGUGGUGAAAAUACCACGCUGGGAUCUGGCCAAAUUUGUGCGCGUCAGCAAGCACAUUGGCAGCUCCAUGAAGAGUGUCGGUGAGGUGAUGGCCAUCGGUCGCAGCUUCGAGGAGGCAUUCCAGAAGGCGUUGCGCAUGGUCGACGGCGAUGUCCAUGGCUUUGAUCCGUAUAGGGCGACCGUUGACAAGGAUCAGCUAUCGGAGCCAACCGAUCGACGGCCAUUUGUAUUGGCCGCUGCCCUCAAGGCCGGCAUGUCCAUUGAGGAGCUGCAUGAGUUGACAAAAAUCGAUCGCUGGUUCCUCCACAAGCUGCAGCACAUCAUUGACUUCUAUGGCGAACUGGAGUCGGCUGGCAAUCCAUUAACAUCCGCCCUCCUAAUCCGUGCCAAGCGUAUGGGAUUCGCUGACAAACAGAUCGCCAUGGCCAUUAAGAGCACGGAGCUGGCGGUGCGUCAGCAGCGAUUGGAGCAAAACAUUCGACCAUUUGUCAAGCAGAUCGAUACCGUUGCUGGCGAGUGGCCAGCGAGCACCAAUUAUCUGUAUAACACAUAUAAUGCAUCGGAGCACGACAUCCACUUUCCGGGUGGACACACAAUAGUCGUCGGCUCGGGUGUCUAUCGCAUUGGGUCCUCGGUGGAGUUCGAUUGGUGUGCCGUCGGCUGUUUGCGGGAGCUGCGCAAUCUGAAGAAAUCGACCAUAAUGAUUAACUAUAAUCCGGAAACGGUAUCCACCGACUAUGAUAUGUGCGAUCGUUUGUACUUUGAGGAGAUCAGCUUUGAGGUUGUCAUGGACAUCUAUGAGAUGGAGCGAUCCGAUGGCAUCAUACUCUCGAUGGGUGGCCAGCUGCCAAAUAAUAUUGCAAUGGAUCUACAUCGCCAGCAGGCCAAGGUGCUGGGCACAUCACCCGAAUCGAUUGAUUGUGCCGAGAAUCGUUUCAAGUUCUCACGCAUGCUGGACAGAAGGGGCAUACUGCAGCCGCUGUGGAAGGAGCUGACCAAUCUCCAGUCGGCGAUUGAGUUCUGCCAGCAGGUGGGCUAUCCGUGUCUGGUUCGACCCUCCUAUGUGCUAUCCGGUGCGGCCAUGAAUGUGGCAUAUUCGGAUCAAGAUCUGGAAACAUAUCUGAAUGCCGCCUCUGAGGUGAGUCGCGAACAUCCGGUUGUCAUAUCCAAGUUCCUUACCGAAGCCAAGGAGAUCGAUGUGGACGCCGUUGCGGCCGAUGGACAAAUCCUGUGCAUGGCCGUCUCCGAGCAUGUGGAGAAUGCUGGCGUACAUUCCGGUGAUGCGACAUUGGUCACUCCGCCACAGGACUUGAAUGACGAAACACUGGAGGCCAUCAAGCGUAUCACACGCGAUCUGGCCAGCGUCCUGGAUGUGACUGGGCCCUUCAACAUGCAGCUCAUUGCCAAAAACAACGAGCUCAAGGUGAUCGAGUGCAAUGUGCGCGUCUCUCGCUCCUUCCCCUUCGUAUCGAAGACCCUGGAUCAUGAUUUUGUGGCAACAGCGACCCGUGCUAUUGUUGGCAUGGCCGUGGAGCCCAUCGAUGUGCUUCACGGUGUCGGCAAGGUUGGCGUCAAAGUGGCACAGUUCAGUUUCUCCCGCUUGGCCGGCGCCGAUGUGCAGCUGGGCGUGGAGAUGGCGUCCACCGGUGAGGUUGCCUGCUUUGGUGACAACCACUACGAGGCCUACCUAAAGGCCAUGAUGUCUACGGGCUUCCAGAUACCAAAAAAUGCCAUCCUACUCUCGAUUGGCAGCUUCAAGCACAAAAUGGAGCUGCUGUCCUCCAUACGGGAUCUGGCCAAGAUGGGCUACAAGCUGUACGCCUCUAUGGGCACCGGUGACUUCUAUGCGGAGCACGGCGUUGAUGUGGAGUCCGUACAGUGGACAUUCGAUAAGUCAACACUCGAUGAUAUCAACGGUGAACUACAACAUUUGGCGGAGUUUCUGGCCAACAAACAGUUCGAUCUUGUCAUCAAUCUGCCCAUGCGCGGCGGCGGAGUCCGCAGGGUGUCUUCAUUUAUGACCCAUGGCUAUCGGACACGUCGCCUGGCUGUCGACUAUUCCAUACCGCUUGUGACCGAUGUGAAGUGCACAAAGCUUUUGGUGGAAUCGAUGCGGAUCACUGGCCGCAAUCCCGGCAUGAAGACGCACACGGAUUGCAUGACAUCCCGUCGGAUUGUGAAGCUGCCCGGCUUCAUUGAUGUCCAUGUGCAUCUGCGAGAACCGGGUGCCACCCAUAAGGAGGACUUUGCCAGCGGUACGGCAGCAGCGCUUGCCGGUGGCGUUACAAUGGUCUGUGCAAUGCCAAACACAAAUCCGGCAAUUGUCGGUCGCGAGACGUUCAAUCAGUUCCGGGAGCUGGCCACUCUCGGUGCCCGGUGCGAUUAUGCCCUCUAUUUGGGCGCCUCGGAUACCAAUUGGGAAAAUGCCCACGAGCUGGCGACGCAGGCGUGCGGCUUGAAGAUGUACCUCAACGAUACGUAUGGCACAUUGAGGCUGAGCGAUAUGGCCGCCUGGCAGCGUCAUCUGUCCCGAUGGCCAAAGCGGGCGCCCAUCGUUUGCCAUGCCGAACGCCAGAGCAUGGCAGCCGUUAUAAUGCUGGCGCAUCUGCUGGAGCGAUCGGUGCACAUCUGUCAUGUGGCGCGCAAGGAGGAGAUUCAGCUGAUACGCGCCGCCAAGGAGAAGGGGAUGCGUGUCACCUGUGAGGUGUGUCCGCAUCAUUUGUUCCUCAGCACACGGGACUUGGAGCGUUUGGGCGCUGGCAUGGCGGAGGUGCGACCGCUGCUCUGCUCGCCGGAGGAUCAGGAGGCGCUCUGGGAGCACAUGGAGUACAUUGAUGUGUUUGCCACGGAUCAUGCGCCGCACACGCUCGCCGAGAAGCAAUCGCCACAGCCGCCACCCGGUUUCCCUGGCCUGGAGACGAUCUUGCCGCUGCUGUUAAAUGCCGUUCACGAUGGUCGACUGACUCUGGAGGAUAUCAAGCGAAAGUUUUAUCGCAAUCCGCGGGCAAUCUUCAAUCUGCCCGAGCAGCCGCAGACCUAUGUGGAGAUCGAUCUCGACGAGGAGUGGACAAUUAGCAACAAUGAGCUGAAAACGCGGGCGGGCUGGUCACCCUUCAAUGGCACCAAGGUCAAGGGACGCGUCCAUCGUGUCGUCCUACGCGGCGAAGUCGCCUUCAUCGAUGGCCAGGUGCUCGUCCAGCCCGGCUAUGGUCAGAAUGUGCGUGCCAAGGUGCCGCUACCACAAAAGUCCGAGCUCGAGGGCAAUGAUCUGCCCAGCGACACGGAUGCCAAUGAUACAUUUGCUCGUCUGCUCACCGAUGGCACAGCGGCUCGUUCGACAACCGUUCACUUUGAGGAUGAGGCCAACAUUAGCACAUCGCCGGCGGCGGGCAGUUUUCUGCGUCCGGUGUCGCCAUCGCCACGACUGCGUCUCGACUCCUCGAGCAAUGCAACACUGAAGGAAUACCUGCAGAAGAACUCGCUGCUGUCCACACCCAAUCCCGUGGCGCACUGUCUGGUCGGCAAGCAUGUGCUCUCCGUGGACACCUUUAACAAGGAGCGACUAUACGAUCUGUUCAAUUUGGCCCAGUUGCUCAAGUCGCGCGUGACAAAGGAUCGCCCCGUCGACGAUCUGUUGCGCGGCAAGGUUAUGGCCACCAUCUUCUAUGAGGUGAGCACGCGCACCCAGUGCAGCUUCAGUGCGGCAAUGCAGCGUCUGGGCGGUCAUGUCAUCAACAUGGAUCAGGUCACCUCAUCGGUGAAGAAGGGCGAAACACUCGAGGACAGCAUCAAGGUGAUGGCCUGCUAUGCGGAUGUCAUGGUACUGCGUCAUCCCGAGCCUGGCGCCGUUGCGCGCGCUGCAUCAUUUUCGCGCAAACCCUUGAUCAAUGCCGGUGACGGUGUCGGUGAGCAUCCGACGCAGGCGCUGCUUGACGUCUUCACCAUACGCGAGGAGAUUGGCACUGUCAAUGGCCUGACCAUCACUAUGGUGGGUGACCUGAAGAAUGGACGGACCGUUCAUUCGCUGGCACGCCUCCUCACCGUCUACAAUAUCACGCUGCAGUAUGUGGCGCCACCGGGACUGGGCAUGCCCGAGGACAUAAUGCGCUACCUGGAUCAGCGAGGCGUCACCCAGCGCACCUACGACAGCAUCGAGCAGGCACUCCCAAGCACCGAUGUCCUCUACAUGACACGCAUCCAGCGCGAACGCUUCCAGACCGAGGACGAAUACAAACGCUGCUGUGGCCACUUUAUUGUUACCCCGAAAAUGAUGACGCAUGCCAGCAAGCGGACCAUCGUGCUGCAUCCAUUGCCGCGAGUUGAGGAGAUCAGCCGUGACUUUGACUCGGAUCCGAGGGCAGCCUAUUUCCGGCAGGCCGAGUAUGGAAUGUACAUUCGCAUGGCGCUGCUGGCGAUGGUCGUUGGCUGUCGCAGCGGGACGCUCUGAAUGCGUUUGCCAACCAAGUUCAAUGGGAACAAUCAUUUUUAUACACUUUUCUUCAUUUCUUUUAUGCAUGUCAAGUAUAAAUACAAUCGGCAAAAUCAAAUUGUUUGUCGACUUGCCACAAA